GGGGGGCUCGUGGGAAACGCAGAAGUUCAAGAGAACCUCAGGCGAAACCAGAAACACAUUACACGUUCAACUCGGCCAAAACUGCGUCAGUCAUGGUCACAUGAAUACCGUUUCGCCGGUUCAUCACAUCAAAAUUUCAAUAUGAAGGCUUUCUGACAGCACGCGAUUCAACAGUGAAGUUUCUGGCCGUCCAGGCAGCGUCCCUAAAAUACCCUGACAAGUGUUCCCUGGUCACGGGAAAAGGGGCUGAGCCCCCCGCCCCACAGUCCGAGGCCGAACAACCUCAUCGCACGGACAUAGCCGGGGUCGGGUUUCAACAGACACAUAGCCAAACCAGGUGCCUAGCAAAUGCGAUGCCACAGCAGAGCCAACCGCAGCCAGACGCAGCACAAUUGUCAACAGCCGCACUACUUGUCAUGCCGCUACGCAUGCCCUGCCAGCCCCACUGCGGACCGCUACCUAGACACCAGCCAGCUCCUCAGCCUGCGCGCUUGCGCCGCUGCUUGGGCGGCGCUGCGCUCUCCUCCUCCACCUGGCCUUCCCCGCCUCCUCUGCUACCAAGAUGCGCGCACGCGCCCCCGAUGCCGCUGCCGCCGCCGCCGCCGCCGCCGCCGCCGCCGCCGCCGCCGCCACCGCUGCCCCCGCCGCCGCCAUUCUGCAGCGAUGCAGGUGGCGGGCGUGCUUCGUGGCCUGGCGGCGCUGCAUGCAGAAGGUCCCUCUUGUAACCAAUGCAAUCUACGUGCACCGUGACGUGCGGUGGGCCAACGUCAUCUAUCUUCCGGAGGACGGCCGCUGGAUGCUCAUUGACCUGGAGCACGCGGGGCUUGAGGGCUGCGACUGCAGCCGCAGCCCGUUCCCGCUGCGGCACUGGAGCCCCCGGACCUUGCCGCCGGACAAGAUGUACCGGGCGGCCAGCGACCUUCGCAUGGCGGCCGAGCAGCUCAUGUGCGGAGCCGGCAGCUUCAGUCUCAGCGAAGCCGGUGUCGGAUUGCGGGAGAAACUGAUGCGGGCGCUCGAGGAGGACACCGGCCGCAGUGGCCUGACCGCUGAGCAGGCGCUGCCGCACCCGUGGCUCGCGGCUGCUGCUGCAGCUAGCAAAGCCUCUUGAUUCAUACGGUGGUGGGACCUACACACAGCGGCGCGGCACCACACAAGCUGACGGAGAAGAGAGCCUAGACCCUGGUGCGAGCAACCGUGCUGCUAGAGGUAGUCGUUGAUUGAUGUAGUAGCACGUAGCCGGACACGUAGCCGGACACUGCGUAGCCUGUCAAAUAGUGCUGCACUAAAAGCACUGCAACACUAUUUGACAGGAGAAGUAAUGUACGGGCGGGGCCGCCAGCAUGAGUACGCCGUUGUUGACAGCCUGGACAGGGCAGAGGGUGGGCAGCCUGGACAGGGCAGAGGGUGGCAGGGUCUGCGGCAUGGACAGGGACACGACUGCCGCUGCUGCAUGAAUGAGGGCCUUUGAUGGGGUCAUGGGGUCCUCGCUCAUGUGGCGCGUAUGCCCGUGUCCAUGUUUGGGCGGGCGUCGGCUGCGUCCGCGUAUGCCUUGAUCAAGGUCCUGUAUAAUUUGGAGUUUACUGGGUUACCUGA